AUGGGGACGACAUCCGGCUUUCAUGCUGUGGCCAUUCACUCACUAUUACUUCACCAACAAAUACAACAUCAAAAAAUGCAAAUACACGGCGCCGGCGGUCGGGGCUCAUCAGUGACCACACAUUACUCUAGCAGUGGUAGGAAUGGGUCGACAAAUCUGAGCGCAUCGACAAACACGUCGUCUUUACACCGAUUCAGUGUCGACGCGUUGGCCAGUAGUGCCAAUAGUGCUAAUCACCAAAAAUCACAUCUUUUAAAUGUCACAUCAGAUGAGGACAAUAGUCUCGCCUCUUGGGAUGCAGAAGCGGAUGAUGACGACGACGACGACGACCCCCUCGAUGUGGGCCCUCUCAGCCCCACCGCAGUGUCCACAACGUCCGACUCGAGUCGUGGAGGUAGUAGUCCUUCAAUUAAUAACAUAAUCAGUGAUUGGAAGGAGAGGUGCUUUGAGGUGAAGGGCAUUCGUGGACCCAAUCUGUGCUCUUCUUCACAACGGAAACCAAUUAUGAAAGAAAAAGUGGUUAAUCGCCCGAAAUGGUUGAUCGCACGCACAUCCACUUAA